AUGGAACUGCCGGAGGCGAAUAAACCCAAUUUUAGACGAGCUAUUAGAUACAUGUUGAAAAAGCAUCCAACCGAUAUUCUUGUGUUGUUUGAAACUCAAGCUGCUGGGGAUAGAGCAAGUAGGAUUUGUCACAGACUAGGGUUUGAGCACUCGUUUAGAGUAGAUGCUGAGGGUCAGAGUGGUGGUAUUUGGCUCUUAUGGAGGUCGAGUGUUGGUGAUCUGGCUAUAGUGGAAGCAGCAGAGCAGUUCAUACAGGCAAGAAUAACCUCAGGUGCAGAAGUGUUGAAUGUUAUUCUGGUGUAUGUGGCUCCAAUAGUGGCUAGACGGAGUGGAUUAUGGGAGAAGUUGAGUGGUAUUAUUGAAGGUUUGGACGAACCUGUGCUUAUUGGAGGGGACUUCAAUACCAUAGUUCGACUGGAUGAGCAAUCAGGUGGGAAUGGUAGACUCUCAUCAGACUCACUGGCUUUUGGAGACUGGAUCAACAAUCUUUCCUUGAUUGAUCUGGGAUUUAGUGGGAAUCAGUUUACAUGGAAGAGAAGGAGAACUGAAGGUAAUUUUGUGGCGAAGAGACUAGACCGAGUUCUGUGUUGUCCUCAGCUGAGGUUGAGAUGGCAGGAUGCUUGCGUGACUCAUCUACCUUUCUUAGCAUCAGAUCAUACGCCUUUGUAUGUGCGACUGGGUCCUGAGGUACAUCGUGAACCUCGACGUAGGCCAUUCCGGUUUGAAGCAGCUUGGUUGAAGCAUCAUAGCUUUAAGGAGUUGUUAGCUGCUUCGUGGGAUGGACAGCUUAAAACCCCGGAGGCGUUGGCUUUACUACAGCAUAAACUCAAACGUUGGAACAAGGAUAUAUUUGGUGACAUUCAACAAAAGAAGGAAGCUCUGUUACGAGAGAUUAAAGAGAUACAAAAUGAGUUGGAGCUUUACCAAACUGAUGCCCUGUUACAGAAAGAAGCGGACUUAUUAAGUUCCUUUGAUGUAGUGUUGGAACAAGAAGAGGUGUUAUGGUUUCAAAAUUUUAGGGAGAGAUGGAUUACUCUUGGUGAUAGAAACACGAAGUAUUUUCAUACAUCAACGGUAAUCAGACGGCGUCAUAACCGGAUAGAUAUGUUGCGGAAUGAGGAAGGUGUUUGGAUCUCGAAUACGGACGAGCUGGAGAAUCUUGCUAUAGAGUAUUAUACCAGACUUGGUGGAGUCAGUCCAGAGCAUGGGACGUUUCAAAGCUCCAGGUCCGACGGUUACCAGCCAGUGUUUUACCAAGAUUGUUGGGACGUAGUGGGUGACUCGGUGAUAAGGUUUGCCUUGGAGUUUUUUGAAUCAGGGGUUUUACCACCUAACACGAAUGAUGCCCUCGUUCUUCUGAUAGCAAAGCGUGUCAUUGGGAAGCUCAUUGGACCAGCACAGUCGAAUUUCAUCCCAGGAAGGUUAAGUACAGACAACAUUGUAGUUGUUCAGGAGGCAGUCCACUCUAUGCACCGGAAAAAGGGGAAGAAGGGAUGGAUGCUCUUAAAACUUGAUUUAGAGAAAGCAUAUGAUCGGAUCCGGUGGAAUUUCUUGGAGGAUACUUUGAGAGUAGCUGGGUUGGAGGAUCGAUGGGUGCAGAUGAUUUUACAGUGUGUUAAGGGUCCUUCAAUGUCCAUUCUUUGGAACGGGGAGAGGUCUACAUCGUUUACGCCAGCUAGGGGGCUUCGACAAGGUGAUACAUUAUCACCAUAUUUGUUUGUUCUCUGUAUGGAACGCCUAUGUCAGAUGAUUGACAUAUCUAUGGCUGCAAAAGAAUGGUAG